CUCAGAAUAGUACCAGAUGUGGCCAUGUUUAGUUUUCGAUCUCCGAAGUUUUCGCUCAUCGUCAUAUAAACCGCUACAUUUUUAUACUGACUGCUGAGAGAGUAAAUAAUACGCAUCUGUCCGACCGAUACUCGUACUCUUCGUCUUUGCCUGCGGCUCGUUUUCACUCACGCUGCAUCCACAUGCUGUUUUAAAACGCCCUUGCCGAGAGAGAGAUAUAUCCGAACGACGCAGAGACGCGAAAGAGAUAGAUAGAAAGACAAAGGGGCGGACAUUUGCUGUCCGCCGUUGUCGCGCCGAACGUUGCUCCGCCGAUCCCGUCUCUCCGUGACGGGACGUCGGAGCCACGCGGAAUCCGUGACACCUUCGGAUUAUCCAGCCCCGGAGAUUCGCGGGAAUCCCGUUUUUCUCCGUUCUCUCUUUCUCUCUCUCUCUCUCUCUGGGCAAGAGUUGCGCGCAUUUGUCAAAAAAGUCCGCUCCGUCGCUCCCUAUCUCUGUCGCUCUCGAACGGCAUCUCGAAUAUUCGUCGUCAUUCGAAGAGGGAAAGAGAAAGAGAGAGAAAGGAAAAAAAGGCGUUAACGUUAACCGUCCCGAGACAAAGAGUCGUCGUGCCUUCGUAUGGUUAAUUUCGCAAAAGUGAAUAGCAUCGUUAUUUUCGACAGGGGGUCGCGCAUCGGGAGAAAGGGACACGGGGGUGAAAAGGACUCUCCAUCCGGGAGAAAGAGUCGCUUUCCUCUUCCUUCUCUCUCGUCCCCACCUAUUUUUUUCCAUUUGCCGUCUGGUUUUUUUCCGGCGGGACCUCGACGACGAGUACGCAAGCGCGGGCGCGCGUUCCCAUUUUCAGCGCGUCGCACUUCCGUUUCGGACAACGCGUCGCGCGCGCACACGCAACGACGUCACACACAAACACAAACGGACGACGGCGGGGGGCAGGCAGGCAGACGAGGCAGGCAAACCAGAGACAGACAGGCAAGCCAGGCAGGACAGGGUGGGUAGGUAAAAAAGAUAAUCGCAGAACAGACAGAGAGAGAGAGAGAGAGAGCCGCCCACGACGAAGCGUUCGUCGCUGCUCGGUCAGCCGUAUGCCACGUCAGCCAGAAUGACGUCGUUCUCGCGACGGAAAGGAGGAAAGGAGGCUCACUCGCGCGAUCUGACCGUAUUCUAAUUUUCCACGCGUGGCUCAUUGGGCGAGAAAUAGAGGGGGUCGAGAGAUCUUGCUAGUGAAAAAAAUAACAAAAAGGGAAAAUCGGUAUCGGCCCUUGGCAAGGGAAAGAAAAGGGCGGUGGCGAGAAAGUCGAGAGGGUAGAAAGCCAGCCGGGAAAAGUGCACCCGCGCGUUUAUACGUUUCAGUCCGUAGGAGAGAAAGAGACUUGUCUGCCUCCGAACGCCAGUCGAGCCGCCUGUCGAUAGCCCGAGCUUCGUGACAGACAAAAAAAUACACGAAAAGAACAUGUAACAAAGCGACCCCCCCUCGUAGAGAACAGAGGCCGGAACGCUUUGUUCCACGUGUGGACCGCGCUGUUCAUUAGGCCCUCCUAAUAAAUGCUAGCGUUCGGACAACGCGAUUGUUCCGCCAGAGCAAAGACCUGUCGAGUGUGGUCGGGCGAAUCGAUCGUAUGAUCGCCGCCGUCUCGGUCGAUCCCGGGCGGCCGCAGUGCUGAUCUAGGAAAAUCUCGGCACUUCACUCCGGGGUACCGCCGAGAGUUGCGCGCAAUACGCACACACACAGAUCGGGGUGACCCGAUCUGCGGAACCGAAAGCGAAAAUGGCAGUAGAGAGUGUUUCCGCGGCAGAGACUCUGACUCAAAGCAAUAAUGAUAACGAUUUGGAAGAUGGAGAAAUUCCAUCAGAUGAGGAUGACGAGCCAGUCAUUCGUGCAACAAAGAUUGACGCACCGGAGAUUGCCAAGCCAAUUCCAAAGCCAGAUCCUCCAAAAAAUAAGAAUUUUGAUGCAAAAUUCAACAAGAACAAAAAGCAGGCUGCACAGGCAGCUGGUAAACAUGACCGAUUUUUGAAGUAUAAAGGUCCCACUGAAGAUUGGGCUGGAGAUGUUGAAAAAGCCAUUAAAGCUGCGAUGGAAGAGGAUGGAAGUAAAAGUCAAGAAUCCAAAACAAAGAACAAAAACAACAGGAACAAAGCUAGGAAGAGAAUGCGCGACGAAAGAGAGGAGGAUCGUGUCAAAGAUCAAAAGAAACGGAAAGUGAGUGAUGAUGAGAAUCCGAAUGAGGAUGAAGACGAAAUGUUAUUCGUACGAGGAGCUUCACCCAUUAGAAAGGAUUCUCAAGAGAAUAAUUCUCCCAGGCGUACGACGAAUGAGCAUGAGAAUUUUGAAAACAAUUCAGAUUUUGAAGAAAGGCCCAAUGUAAAUCGACAUAGAGAAAAUGACAGCAAACGCGGUGCUGGACGUGGAGGAGGAGGAGGAGGAGGAGGUGGUGGCGGAGGAGGAGGAGGUGGUGGUGGUGGUGGCGGUGGCGGUGGCGGAGGGCGCCGUGGUGGCAAGAACGAGCGUGGUAAGAAUAAGACUCGGGGCCAAAUUCGAAAUGAUCGAAAUAAUCGCCGUACACAGAACAAUGAUCACAUUCAAGAGACAGACGCAAUCUGUGUAUAUUAUAUGCAAGGAAAAUGUCACAGAGGGGAUGACUGUCCAUUUUCGCAUAACGCUUUGCCACCUAGAAAAAUGGAAUUAUGCAAGUUCUAUCUUAUGGACUGUUGUGCAAAACGAGACAAAUGUCUUUAUAUGCAUCACGAUUUUCCUUGCAAAUUUUUCCAUACAGGUUUGAAAUGCAAUCAGGGUGACAAUUGUAAAUUUUCUCAUCAGCCUUUAAACGACCAGGUAAAGAGUAUUCUUUUGAAACAUCUAGAAACUGCUCCAAAGGAAAUUCUUGGUGAUUUUCCUAGGUUGAGCAGAGAAGGUGCUAUGAUAAUGAUAAAUAAUACUGCACAGUCUUUAGCUCGAGGCCAAGAUACAACGAAUCAAAAGAUUCCUAGUCUCUUUGAAUUGAAUUUAUCAGCGCCUGUAGAAAAGAUUGAUGAAAAAGAAGAGAAAGAAGAACAAAUAAAUCUACAAAAGACCAAUAUGAGGGAAAGAAAACUUUCUGGAAAGAAAACACGAUGGGGAUCAGAUGAGGACAGAGUUCCCUAUGAACAGAUUAUGCUACUGCAGUCGGCAAACGAACUUGGUCUUCAACUUCCAAAUGCUGCGUUAGGUUUAGCCACGCAGCAACAAGCACAAAAACAGACGCAAAAUACUACAUUGUCUCUAGAUUUCUAUAGCGAAAAAACUGCAGAUUUGAAUAAAACUGUUGAAAAAAUGAAAGAAGAUUAUACGAAGAAUGUGGAAGAAGAAAAUAUUUCAGAUGAGUUGAAAAAGAGAAAAGAUGUUGACUUAAGGCAGUUGCUGAACGCAAAGAAACCACCACCUGUCUUUAGUAUAGCUGAUAAAGUAGCAAGUCUCACAAAAAAUAAACCCGAUGACGAGAGCGAUCAAGAUGAGGAAUCGGAACUCGUUAUCGAAGUGCCAACUGAAGAUGAAGAUAAGGAAAAAGGAAAACUCAUAGUAAUGAACAAAGUAAGAACUGCUGUCUUAGGUGAACAAUCUCACGACAUCUCUUCUUGUAUGGAAGAUAAUGAGACAGUGCCGUCUCACUUGCCAAAGAAAGCGCAAGAAUUGUUUAUGCGAAUACAACAACAGCAACGUGCGGCUCAAGAUAGUUUAAAAAACAUGAACAACGAUGCGGACACACCUAAUACCGAUCAGAUUAUCGAAGAUUGGUAUUCGGAUGACGAGGACGAUGAUGACGAUGACGAAGGUGGUAAUCUUACCAUAGUGGAUAGUACAAAGGACGAAAUUGAGAUUGCCGAGAAGGCUCAGAACGUCGUUAUCAAAGAUAAUUUUCAACCUGCGACAUCCGCGUCUAACGUGCCUCAGCCGGCCGUUAUUGUAGAUAAAUUAGGUGAUCUGAGUAAAAUCGACAUUAGUGCCGAGGUAUCAAAGUUACUUUCCACCCUCAAGGCACAAAGCUCCACGAAUAACAAGUCGCAACAAACACCAAACUCGAAUCAAGACGCGUCGAAGACUAAAUUGGCGCAAGAUAUAAAAAUGGAAAGUGAAACAUCAUCGAGUCCCAGACGGUCACCGGGUCCAAGUUCAGUAACUAUGUCUGUAUCUAGAGAUCCACGAAUGUCUCGGGAUCCCAGGCAACGUCGAGAAGUUGAGCAAAAGCCAAGCAGUCCUAGCAUAUCUUCUGACAUAAAGAGGGAACAGAAACCUCUCAGGCUGGAAACAAGCAUUUAUAGUUCCGGUAUCACCGCGGUGGACGCGAACAUGGACACCGAUCUUCGUACGAGAGCGGAUCAAGAUCUCAGACGACAGGACAUGGACUUCCGACAGCGUUUUCAUUCCAGUGACUUUGGCGAUACGGAUCUGCGCGUCAAGUCCGACGUGGAUCUACGGCAGAUGUUGAGCUUACCAUUUAAACCGGCGCCUGCACAUGUACCAUGCACCGAGAUUGAUGCGAGUAUUGCGUCGCAUCCGCCGAUGGCAUAUAAGGUCUACGUAGUCGAUAUACCCAGACCAGAUUACACCGGUCUCAAGUUAACGAAGAAUGAUGCACAGGUUAAGUAUGAUCCGCGUCUUCGCAAGAUCUUCCGUAUUGCCAAGCCCGAGCAAUUGGCCGACUCACCGAUGUCGCCACCACCGCAAAUCAAGCAGGACACACCGAAAUCGCCACCGCAAUGUGUUCGCUCAGAUCCGCGACGGAAAACUCUUGAGGCAGCGGCUUCCAAUCAACAAUUGUCUUCGCAAAAUGUUCCCAACGCUCCGAUGAUGUCCAAAGGAAUGCAACCAAUGGAGGUAAUGAGUCUCGGUCCUGCUGGCAUGCAGGUGAGACCCGGUAUGCCUGGCGGACCACUACCUGGCGGCAUACCAGGUCCGCCUCAGGGUAUGGUAGGCCCAAUGGGUCCGAAUCAUCCAAUGAACAUAAGUAACAUGGGUCCGAUGAGGCCUAUGAUGAACGCUGGACCGAUGCCGCCGCAGAAUAUGCCGCCCAUGGGCAUGCCACACGGUCCGACAAUGAGUAUGAAUGGACCCGUUCCAAUGCCGCCACAGAGUCAGAUGAAUUUCGAUCCACGUUUCAACGCGCAGCGUAAUAAUGGAGCUGGAUUGUUAGGCCCUGGACCAAAUAACUUUGGCCCAGAAAAUUAUGAAGGAGGCCCGCCUUAUCCCUGUAGUGGUAAUUUUAAUAAUUUUGGAGGACCUAGUGGCGGUGGCGGCGAUCCAUUCGGUCCGAACGGAUCGAACGCACCUAACUUUGGCCCAAUGGGAGGUGAUGAUUGGGGCAGUAGACAACGCGGCGGUCGUAUCCGCCGGAGAAAUCGCAGCAGGACCAAUAUGGUGACCAAUAAUUAAAAGGUGUAUUAAGAAAAUAGACUGUGAGCACCUGAUGAUAAUUCUCACAAGCGAUAGAGAUCAUACGUGUAUAUAUGCCUUCAUGUAACGCAUUUAGAAACAUAUUUUGAAGUCUUUCCAAUUUAUUUUCAUGGUAUCGGUUUAAUAUCAAGACACUUUCUUGCGUAGAUCUACAGAUUUAUUAUUUACAAAUCUAUAAAAAUAUCUAUGUAAAUAUUUAUAAAUAUUCUUACAAAAAAGUAAUCUAUCUAUACAUAUGUAUACAUCUGUCAUUUAUAUAAAAUUAAAUCUGUAGAAUUUACUCAAGAAAAAGAUUUGAUGGUAUAAUACUAAAUGCUUUAAUAAUGAGUAUGAUUGAUAGAUUAGAAACCAUCGAGCAAUAGUUGAUUGUACGUAAUUCUUAAAUUAUAAUAAAUAUAAUGAAAAGUUAUAUCGUAUUUAUAUAUAAUGCUCAUAUACGUGCAAUUUUCUUUUGGAAUACUACAUAAAAGCUAUCAUAUUCCAACACUCAAAACAUACUGGAUUCAUCAAUUUAAUUGACUCUUCGCAUAAUUUCUAAGAACACUAGUUAAAUAUAUAAGAUUAAAAUGUAAGAGAUAUUUAUACAUAGAUAAUAUGUAUCCACUUAUUUUAUAAUAAAUAGAUUCUACUAAGACAUUUACAAUACACGUAAGUCGCGCUGAAAUCAAUCGGAAAUAAAUGCGAGAACAUGUAACAUGUCAGGUAGUUGCAGAGAAACGAUUGAAUCGAUACUUUCGUUGUCUUCCACAAAAAUGACAUGUGAUUGCCUGCGAUCUCCAGAACAUAUGUCCAUAUGAUCAGUAUCCGUGAUUCGUAAAUAAAUAUAUACAUAUACAUACCGUGGAAAUGGAUUAGGGUUCUAAGAAUGAAUUGCAAUAUUUUGUAUAGAGAAAAAUUAAUGUCUAUCAGUUUUGCAAAAUGAUAUGUAAUAAAGUUACUUUUUUUACGCUUAAAAAAAGGAAGAUAUGCAAGUAUAAGUAGGUAACAAUAUCGCUUCGAUUUCCUCUUGAGAAUAUGUGAAGUAUGUUAAAAAGUUAAUACACACUACUUCAUACACCUCCGAUGAAAGUUAAGUCUGUACACACCUUUUUCGAUACUUUUAGGCUGCUUUUCUUUUAGGGAACACAAUCGACACAAACAUCGUUCUAUCUUUUUUUACAUUCAAUGAGUAACAAAGAUAGAACGAUACUUGUGUUAUGUUCUCUAAAAGGAAAGCAGCCUUAGUAUACACACAUUGAGUUGACAUUAUUUUAAAAAAUUCUCCAAUAAUUUUUACCCCAACAUCUCUAAGAGAUAUUUGUAUGGUUGUUUAUUUUCAAACAAUGUAUAUAAAUGUUAUAAUUAGAAUCCUUUUAAUUGUAAAAAAAAGAAAUACGUUGAAUCAUUCGUGUUGAAUCGUGUGUACAGAAGAUUUAUUUGUUAGUUUCUCCAUUGAUUCUUUUUGAUACAGACUUGCAUGUCUGAACUUAUAAUACUCUGCAAAGCAGAAUUUCUAGCAAUACGCAUCUCUUAAGAUAAAUCUAGUAAUAGAUAUAGAGGAUAUUAAGAUUUUCGUUAAAUUAAAUCUUAUUUAAUGUUAAUCUACAUACUUUUAUUAUUAUAUUAUAUUGCUACAUUAUGUUGACAUAUAGAAUGAAAUUACAUUUGUAAAGAGUAAAAUUUACUAUCAUUAUAUAUAGGAAGAUUUUUGUACAGAUAAGAAUUGUUGAUGAAACGUAAGUUUUCAGUUUGGCUCAAUGAUGUAAAUACUGCUGUAUUAAUUCUGUGCACUUUUUAAAAUACAAUUAUAUAUAGUAAA